GGAUUUUAGAGGAUAACAAGCAAAAUAAACGCGAAAAUUGAGGUAAGGAAACACUUAGAAUCUGUGCAUGCAAAUCGCCGAUCGCCGAACUCAGUGCCACAUGUUCUUGAAACGGCGACGAUUCCUUCCCGUUUUGCCUUCGCUUCGCUUUUCGCCGUCAAAUUCUUGCUUAUUUUGAUGAAUUAUAUCAGCAAAUUCAUGUCUGCUUGUCUGUAACUCGAUAUUUUUUUGGGAAUGAAGGAAACAAAGCGUCUCAGUAAAGUAAACACGGGGUCACGAGGUGACGCCAAAGGAUUAUGCUAAUUAUGAUAAUCUAAUUAGCAUAAUCAUGACAGCGUGAAGAAAAAAAUUUGUGGAAAAUUUGUAGUCGCUCCAUAUUUUAGAACGAUUUUCGGGUUUUUUUGCUUAGAUAUUGAUGAAAAAAAUUUGUUACUACCAUAUCACCCAAAAUAAAGAAGUUUCCUAGCUAAAUGACAGUCUUUAAAAAUUUUAAAAAAUUUUUAUGCAAAACAUGCUUUUUAAUUUUUUUGUGGCGGAAUAUUAUGGGUUUCCUACGACCGAAAUAUUUUUUUUUCGAAAGGGUAUUCUUUUCCCUUUCCAAUGAGGUAUAGCUUGAUAUUGAACUGUAAAUAACACCAGAGAUAUGAUUUUUUAAAGUUACAUGGCAAAAUACAUUAAAAUAAUUGGCUGAAGACAAGGAAGCCCUUAGUGUCUAUUAUAAAAGAAGCUUUAAUGAAAAAGUGUAAUCACAUACAAAACCAGCCACUACCUUGCCUUUGAAAGAACCACUGUACUUAACCCUCGGACGUACACGCAAAAUGAUAGCCCCGCCAUGGUACAAGAAGGGGGGGGGGGGGUACAUGGAACCCCCCCCCAGAGUUUUUGAUAUGUUGCAGUAUUUCGAAACGAUUUUUCCUUCACUGGAAAGCCUUUGAUCUUCUUAACAAGAUGAGGUAUAUUUUAUUAAUGGUGGCACUGCUGUAGGCGUGUGACGUCAUCAACAAUGGUCGCCAUCUUGAAUUUUACCAGAAACGGUAAUUGCUUGACAUGAAUAAUAACACAUAAAUAAGCGCUUAGCAUUAUUUCAGCCACAAGAUUUACUUUUAUUGUUGAAAAAAGUUGAAAAAAAACACAUUUUGACUCAAAAUGGCUUGACCACCUGCUACUUAUUACGUCAUACCUCGUAACCAUAGAAACUGAUUAUCACUGAACUUGUCUCAAAAUGCGUGCGAGGGAUAAACGAACAGUUACUGAAAACGUCAGGUGCUGAUGUUUUAUCCUCUUGGAAAAAUCCCAGAAAAACCCAAGGGGGGUGGCAUCCACCCCUCCUCCCCCCCACCCCUUGUACGUCCGAGGGUUAAAGUGUUAUUUCUCUGAGAAAGGAAAAUUAUGGCAAGGAACCUGCUUGUUAGAGCCAAAACAUUAAAGGUAUAGAUGUGCAGCCUGUCACCCCAUGCAGUUUUUUAGUAAGAAUAAUUUAAGUAUUCAAAAGGCUGGAGUCCAUCAAUCAAGUAAUUACUUUUUACUGUGCCCAGUAGUCGACAAGGAAACCAAGUUCGCAUUUACAAUAAAAGCUUUGGUAAUUUUAUCAGUACUCAUGAUAUUCAUUUGGCAAACAAUGGUGAAAUAAACGAUCAUGUUGCAUAAACAAAUAAGAGUUAAUGAAGUUUAAGUGCAAUCAAAUGAUGCAUUCUUACAAGUUUUACUCUUCCCUUAGGGAUCAAAGUCUUGAAACUGGGUGAAAUACAUAAAAAAUCUUAAUAAUUAACAAGCGCUUUUACUUAUUAAAUGAGAUUUUCUGACAACCGACAAAAAUCAAAAAGUUUAACCGACUACCGACAAAGAUCGAAAAUUUUAAACGACUACCGACAAAGUAACUGAAUUUUAACCGACAACCGACAAGUGGACCCCCCCAUUCAGACCCUCCUACAAACGUGCGUAAACUUGCCGCAUAAACUGUGGUCGACUUCACGAACAAAAACAAACAUCAAAUACAAUAAUUACUCAGGCUUACCAUUCGAGAUUUAGUUCCUGAAAGGUAUCAAGUGAGGCCAGUAUCGCUUCAGACUUUGCAACCCUCUUACCCAGAGUUUGCCUUUUGGUCGAGGGUCGAGCGUGGAGGGUAACUAGUCGAGGGUCGAGGGUAAAUGGUCGAGGGUCGAGGUUAACUUGUCGAGGGUAAAUGGUCGAGGGUCGAAAAAUCCUCCACAAUUAUUUUUGAACGUCGUCAAAUCAAAAUUUCGUGUUUACUCGAGUUUCCGGUGCCUGUUUUAUUUUUACGUUAACACCUAGGGGCACGUGUAUCAUUUGUCGUUGUAACACUCGAGUAAAUAAUACUGAAUAUUGAAAGCAGAGACCCAAUGGUUUUCUUGUCUAACGUUUCACUAGCCUGCGUGCAGACGAUAACUAAACUCUGAUUAGUACCGUCUGCGAAGCAGCGCAGAGAUCCUUGUUCUGGACCCCCAACGGACUCAACGAAUUACCGGAAGUGCGUUUCGAAUUCCCCUUCAACCUGAUUGGCGAUCACGACAAGCAAAACAAAGGCCUUUUUAACUGGCCAAUCGUGGCGCGUACUCAAAUCUGGGUACACAGCUGGAAGUCCAGAACAAGGAUUUCGGCGCUGUUUCGCAGACGGAGUUAACCAGAGUUUAAUUUCGUCUGCGCGCAGGCUAACGUUUCACUCGCUGAUGAAAAGGCUGCUAAUCUGGUAACUUUCACUGUUUGUAUUUAAUAUUUCCCACGUCCACUAGUUUUGUCCUAUGUGAGACUUGGGUCAGCGUGAUUAUUUUACUGCCUGUAAGACAAAAACAUGGAAAACUCAACGAUAACAACGUAAUAAACACAACUUGUCAAAUGCCGCAUUCACAGACUUCACAGGCUGGCAAACAACUAUAGCAAAUACUAACAAGAAAUUCACACCAUCGGUUUAAAACCUCUUGAAAUUCCGAAAUGAAAGCGAAGUACGGAGGAGUAAAGGAAGAGAUCGAAACAAUGGUACUUUUAAGGGGUAUAUAUCCCAGACCCACUACAUUUUCGAUUGCUCCGGAAAACGAAACUUGAAACUGCAAAUAUCACGCAACUGAAUAAGCAUGACAAUAAGCUUUAUCGACUCAGUUAGAAAGUUAAUUAGUUACUCCUAAUAUGUAGUUCCAGAGAAAUAAAGCUUAAGCUGAAGUGUUGUACACUUUUUUUUUUUUUUUUUAUAAGAAUGUUGUUUUUCCGGCCCAGGCUGAAUAUUCUUAUUUUUCUGCCGAUUUUAGGCUGAAAAUAUUCUUGUAUUAUUCUUAAAUUAUAGCUUAUGACAUUUCCGUUUUAGAAUUUAUUGGGGUAUAUGUAUAUAUAUUACAUGUACCGUUCAUCGAACUGUCAUUAGCGUUGGACAUUUUGCUAUAGCUAGUGCAGGGUUUUUCGUUUUGUUGGCUAGUUUCGCCGUUCAGAGAAAGGAAAAAUUUUAUACGGUUAAGUUAAAAGCAUAAAAUUGUAUUGUAUUUACAGAUGUUUCAACACACAAAAUUAUAUCUAUCCUUUUCAAAAUCUCAGCGUUGGCUUUUUUCUUAAAAUAUUCUUAAAAUAUUGCAAAUUUCAGCCUCGAUGUUCUUAUACAGUAUAUUCUUAUAAAAAAAAAAAGAGUGUAUCGCCAAACAUUUUAACAAACCUCGGUACAUGAAUCUUAAAUGUCUUAUAGUUAAAGAAAAUUAGAGCUGAGAUCCUGCUUCAAAGUUCUCAGUCAACAGUUUAAUGGUAUUAUGGUAUUUAUUUAACUUCCUGUCACGCUUCUUUCCUUUGGUUGCUUUAUUUGGGAAUUUUAGGUUUUAAAUUGAAAAAAAAAUUCAGAAAUAAUUGUGGAGGAUUUUUCGACCCUCGUCCAUUUACCCUCGACCCUCGACUAGUUACGAGUUUGACUAAUAGUCGCGGGUCGCGGGUCGCGGGUCGCGGGUCGCGGGUCCAAUGUCGCGGUCGCGGGUCCAAAGUCGCGGUCGCGGGUCCAAUGUCGCGGUCGCGGGUCCAAAGUCGCGGUCGCGGGUCCAAAGUCGCGGUCGCGGGUCCAAUGUCGCGGCAGAGGAAAAUGAUUUGGGGUUCGAGGUAACAGCUGAGUGAAAACCACUGAUAUGAACACAAUAUAAAGGGAAAAAAUCUUUUUUAUGCACAAUACUCUACGGUAGCCAAUUUACAGGUUACGGAUGUUAGAGUCAACAAAAUAAUGUCUCAAGAAAAGACCUAAAAGAAAAAGCUGGCCGACUUUUGUGUUCAGCGCAAGUUUAUUUUGUUUUCUUUCUGUCGGGCCCAGUUAUGUGUAAAUUCAGCUUUGAAUAUACUUAUGUAUAACAGUAUCUGAUAAAAAAAAGGUUACCAUAAGUUACCAUUGCUUUCUUCUUGUCGAUGAAUUGCUCACAAAUGCUUAAGGGUUCAAUUACUGAAAAAUAUGCGAUACACUUCAUAGCCUACAGAUUAUAAACGUUACAACAACUUAAAGCCUUUUUUUAAAAAAAGCGAACUCGGGCUCAAAAAGCUACGAGUCUGUCGGUAGAAGAAACGAGAACUCUUAUAUUUAACAAAUGUUUUCGGCAAAACUGAAAGAAAAUGUAAAUGGGCGCAUGAAACUUCAUUCAAGCGGUAUUUAAGGCAUAAAUUUAAUAUGGAAACAAGUAAUAAUCCACAGAAAGGAGUCUGUUCCUCGAAGCAAGAUUUUCGCUUAAUGCUUUUAUUUUUACAACUUAGACGGCAACCCAGAGUGUUCAAUAUAACUUCUUGUUCUCUUCACCUAAAUGGCAACCAGGACAACCUGACAAUAUAUAGGAAGCCAUUCAAUGUGCGUCUCAGUGAAAUCUUGAAAACAUGCAUCGUAAAUAACUAAGUGAGUAAGUAGGUAAGGAAAUAAUAACGCCCGAUAUCAUGAAGCUGAAAAAGAAAGUAAACCGGACACUGAAAACGGUAAGUUAUCAACUCCACCAGAGCUAAGAAAAGACAAUAAAUUAGGUAAGUAAUUCCAGAUUCCAGGU